AUGACGGGCCCGAUUCACACGUACGGUCAAAGCUGCUUACUAUCGGACGAGGAACCAGAUCUCGCCAGCUUCCAGACACUUCCCUAUCCGCCAGAGGUCCGGGCGCAGUUCUUUUAUGUCUCGUCGUUGCCAAUCGACGAUCCACUGGCGGCUCUGCCACCGCCUGCUACUCAAGGAGCUGGGAGUGAGAGGAUACCCCCCAAGCCGUUCUCCGCUAGGGAUAACAUCGCCCUGGAGGGUGCUUGGCGCGAUCUACGGGAGGCGAGGAAAGCCAAAAUCGCGGGACACCAUGAAUCCAGGCCUACAACCUCGAAAGGGCUUUCUGGGAUAGCUGUUCCAGGUCAUGAGUCGGGGUCAAAUAUUCAGAUCCGCCCGAAGACCUCCAGUCGAGAAGAUCCUGGUUUGAUCGGUAGCAGAGGGAGCACCGUCAGCAGUACUCCUUCAUUCCCAGACGAUGUACCUUCUCGAAGUCACAAGUCUCAGCUCGCGUUUGCGACCGGCUCUGGGGUACGAGCGCAAGAUUUCGGAAACGUAGAUCGCGUGGGAUCAUCGUCGGAUGAUGGCAUGAAACAUGAUACCCCUACAGGUAUCGCCAUUGAUCGGAAACGAGCGCGUUCUUCUUCUGUGAAUGAGUCCAUCGCUGCCAAGAGAAGAAGUAGUUCGACUUUGGAUCCAGAGAAUGGCGACGCUGGUGACGAGGAGAUGGGCAGUAUACGCGCCAAUCGUUCUCGUGAUGCAAGCAUCAGUGGCUCGCCUUUCAUACGGGCGCCUACCUCUCAGUCUCAUACGCCACUCGGUCGGUCAUAUGAGUCUACUUCCUCGAGGGACGGAGGACAGGAAUGGCAGUCUGAAGUACGAGUCAAUACUGCUCCCCGGAGUGCGCCAAAGCCCUCGGGCCUCAGAACGACAGUGAGCCUGGAUCAGUUAACACAGGACUCAGAGAGUGAGAGGACAGAAGAGCCGAACACGCAAUCAAAGAUCCCAGUGGGUGUUUCGCGGCUUCAUUUGGUUGAGCUGCCGAAUCUCAAGGUAUUAAUCUUGUCUCUUUUGGCUUUAAAUGGUACUGACACUAUGCAGAUGAAACCGAUAUACUGGAGCCCUCUCCAGGACAUAUCGACUGUUGUUCGAGCUACUUGGUUUUACAAAAACACCAUGUAUCCCGUUGAGGCGGAGCUUGCUAACAAAUUGGAGGAAGGAUACGUCUACUUGAAGCCUUGGAGUGAUACCUGGCAAGAUGAGCUGAAUAGCUGUGUGGAAAACGGUGCUGAUGCUGAAAUGAAAAUCGUCCAUCCACUGUGGACAAGGGAAGAAGCCGUCUCUACCAGUCAACCUACAAAUGAGCCAGAUUCUACGAAUGGCGACCCCGAGUCGAGUCGAGCAGAUUAUUUGUUGACAUUUGACAAUAACCAAGCCGCUGGCGGCACUUCUCUUCAGUCCGAGAACAUCAAACCCUAUCUCACAUCUAGUGCUAUUUUCGUCGAUGCGGUCAACGCCCAGAUACUUCGACCCAGCCUACUUCCCUCAUCCUCGAGGGGACGAAAACCUCUGGGACCAAUCAGAAAGGGGAGGCAGAUAGGGAUACCGGUGGUCCGAGGCUUCAAUCGAAAGCUAUGGGAGCAACUACAUCCAUCCAAGCCCAAUCCCAUCGAUGUCCGCCAUUACAUCCGCAAAACCCAAUCCCGAGAACCCUCAGUUCCAGGUGAGCAAGUAUGUUACGCUUGCAAGAUGGAAGAAUCGCGGCCACCUCCGACAGACCUCGUACUCGUCAUCCACGGUAUCGGACAGAAACUUUCUGAGAGGAUGGAAAGCUUCCAUUUCACGCAUGCCAUCAAUGCAUUCCGACGAGAAGUCAAUAUGGAGCUCAACAAUGAACCUGUCUGGCCACAUGUGCGCCAAGAUCAUGGAGGAAUCAUGGUGCUUCCCGUGAAUUGGCGCACCAAGCUAUCCUUGGAUGACCCCGAUAUCGAAGCGGGCGUCGAGGACCCGACUGCUAGUAAUUUCUCGCUGGACGAUAUCACACCCCAUACGCUUCCAGCCGUUCGAUCUUUGAUCAGUGACGUGAUGCUCGAUAUCCCGUACUAUCUCUCACAUCACAAGCCAAAGAUGGUCAAGGCGGUGGUGAAAGAAGCGAAUCGCGUGUAUCGCCUCUGGUGUAAAAAUAAUCCAGGGUUCCAAGAAAACGGCCGUGUACAUCUUCUUGCCCAUUCCCUUGGAAGUGUCAUGGCCAUAGACAUUCUCAGUAAUCAGCCAACACAUGUGCCUCGCUUUGACUUUUCCGAUACUGCACUGCACAGCGAUAUCUUCGAGUUUGACACUACACAACUCUUCCUCUGUGGAAGCCCGGUUGGCUUCUUCCUACUUCUGAAUAAAGCUAGUCUUCUACCCCGAAAAGGCAGAGAUAAACCAGGCAGUGAAGGUGACGACAGACUGCGCGGUGUAGCCGGUGAACCAGGUCAAUAUGGAUGUCUCGCAGUGGACAAUCUAUACAACAUAAUGCACACAACCGACCCAAUCGCCUACCGCGUCAAUGCAGCAGUAGACAGUGACCUCUCCAACUCCCUAAAAAUGGCGUCAAUCCCCAGCUCCAGCUCAACAUUCUGGCAAUCCUUCGGCAGUGUCUUCCGCUGGAGUUCAGCCCCAACAUCUUUCCUACCCUCAGCAGAACCAACCCGACCAGCAGCAAUCUCGAAGCUCCCAUCCAACGUCGAGCUGGAGACACACGACUUCACCCGUGAGGAAAUUGCCGAGAAACGAAUGCUUCUUCUCAAUGAUAAUGGCCAGAUUGAUUAUUAUCUUUCUGGCGGCGGGGGCCCGCUGAAUAUUCAGUACCUCAAUAUGUUGAGUGCGCAUAGUAGUUACUGGACUCUUGGUGAUUUUGUUCGCUUUUUGGUUGUUGAAAUUGCUAGGAAGCAGGGGCGCGAGGGGACUUUGCUUGCUUUUCGGUCGGAGAAGAAGAAGGGGUGGAAGUAUUCUAAGGGUUCAAUCUAA